UAAUAGGAGCAGUGAUUGCUAUGAAGAAAGUGGGUUUAUUUCUUUUGGUGCUUCUGGCCAUCGGCGAGGGUGCUAAAAUCCUUGCAAUUAUUCCGUUUCCGAGUCCAAGUCAUCAAAUUCUUGCGAGCGCUCUUCUAAAAGAGCUAGCUUCUCGAGGUCAUGAAGUCACGAUGAUCUCUCCGAAUCCGUUAAAGAAUCCUCCUAAGAAUUACAGAGACAUCGUGCUCGAUGAUAUCAGGGUAUGGAAAGAUAAAACCAUGUCCGUAACAAAGAUGCAGGAUGCUAGUAAAUGGGAUAAAUUGAAGAUAAUCUAUGAGGUAGUAAAAGAUGCUGGUAGGAUCGUGCUGGCAGAUCCGAACUUGCAGAGUUUCCUGAAGGAAGGACAAAAAUUCGAUUUGUGCAUUCAAAUGGUGGGUUUCAUGGAAAGUCUUCUGCCGAUCUCGCAUGUCGUUAACGCGACGACCAUCGGAUUCAGCCCAAUCGGAGGAAUGCCAGGAUUAAAUUAUCAUACUGGUAUACCGAUGCAGUACUCUGUUAUACCCAAUGUUUUUUUGCCUUUCAACGACGAGAUGGGAUUUUUCCAGAGGCUGAUAAACACAGUCGUCGGUUUUCUUAUGGAUUUUGUUAUGUACAUUUUUAUUUUGCCGAUACAAAACAGUUUAGCCGUAGAGUUCUUCCCAAACUCGCCGAACAUCUAUGAACUAUUAGAAGAUGUCGACUUGCACUUGAUCAACUCGCAUUACGCGACGGAAUCUCCUCGAGCUCACUUCCCAAACAUGAUACAAAUCGGCGGAUUCCAUCUGCAGGAGAAACAGCAAUUACCCGAAGAUAUUCGCUCUUACAUGGACUCUUCCAAAAACGGAGUCAUCCUGUUCAGUCUGGGCAGUAACAUAAAGAGCGCCGAUCUACCCAAGGAGAAACUCGAAGGGAUAAUGAACGCGUUCGCAAAAUCCAAGUACGACAUACUCUGGAAAUUCGAGGAAAAAUUACCGUCCAACAUGAAAAAUCCAAAGAACGUAAAAAUCAGUAGUUGGUUACCACAGAAAGCAGUAUUGGCUCAUCCGAAGACUGUUGCAUUCAUAACGCACGGUGGAAUGGGCAGCACAGUCGAAGCCAUCUACAAUGGAGUUCCCAUGAUCUGCAUCCCGUUCUUCGGGGAUCAAUCCAAAAAUACUGCUGACAGCGUGCACAACGGAUACGCAAUCCAUUUGGACUUUAAAGACGUGAACGAGGAUACUCUAACUUCGGCCAUCAACGAGAUCACCGGAAACCCAGUUUACACGAAAGUUGUUAAAUUACGAUCUGACAUCUACAAGAACCAAGAAAUUAACCCCAUGGAUAAAGCCGUCUUCUGGGUUGAACAUGCAAUCAAGCAUCGUGGAGCGAAACACCUGAAGCCCAGAUCUUCUAAAAUCCCAUGGUACCAGCUGAUGCUCAUCGAUGUGUACGCAGCUCUUUUCGCAAUUCUCGCUGUUUCCUCGCUCAUCUCGUUUUACAUUAUUAAAAAAGUAAUUAACUGCUUUAGAGCUAAAAAGAGCAAAAAAGUCAAAACAAAUUAAACUAAUAAAUGUAUUAUUUUUAUAUGUACAUACAUUCUACAGUAUUUCACCCGUAUUAAAGUAAUGAAAACAAA